GAGAGAAUUAGAGGUUUGAAGAAGUGGUUGAAAAAUGGUGGUGACAAGGUUAAGCUUGGCUCGAAGAAGGUCUCUCCAAAAUAGUAGCACUAGCUCAUCAUCUCCAAAACUCAAACGUUGUUACAAGAAAAAAAGGAUUUCCAUGAAAGUCUGUGGGCUUAGCACGCCCAGGAAAACUCUAGCAGUUGCCUCACCUCAUGUCCCACCGGUGGGAUCAAAUGGAGAUACUCCUUUGCAGAAACUUUCGCCGCGCAUUCAUAUUGCUCCAAAGAUAGUUCCCUCACUUCCUGUGCCACCAUUGGGUUCAAAUGGAGAUCAUACUCCUUUGCAAAAAGUUUCGACGAGCUCUAUUGGGCUCAACCAUAGAUGCCCCUGUGCCAAUUCCUUGUGAUGAAGAGGACGAACAAAGAGAGACAAAUUUAAAGCUGAAUCCUUUAUCGAGACUGAAGAAACCGCCAAAGACAAAUUAUACAGCCCAGAUCAUUGAUGAAGAAUGUAAUUAUCAAAGUCGAGUCUUUGUUAGUGAACGAGCUGCUUACUUCUUGGAAUGUUGAUCACAUACCUUUACCUAUUUGAAUGGGCUUCGUGUUGAUUAUGUCUCUUGUUAUAGAGAUAUCACUGGAUAUAUUUCGUCUCGCUACAAUAUGCAAAUUGCAGAAAGAGAAGAAAGCAUGCUGUCUUUAUCAAUAUUAGUGAAAAAUCAUGAAAAUGCUGUACUUAAUGCAAUUGAUCGUGUCAAAUAUAUUGGUCACGCUAAAAAAGAACCCGAGAAGGCUAAGGAGAAAAAGGAAAGUUUGGACAGGUAAAUAGAAGAUCUGAAGCUAGAACUAGCAUAUAUCAAACAUGACGUUCUACGUCUGAAACAGAUUGAAAUAAAAUGUAAAGAAGCUCAUGAAGUUGCAAAAGCCAAGGAGCAAGAACUUGGAAUUCAGUUGGAGGCAGCUCAAGCAAAGCAAAAGAGAAUUGAGGAGCGCAAGAAUGAAGCUCGUCGAGGAAUUAAAUCACCAGCCUAAGCCUACAAGUCUAUAAAUCUUGAUGAUUUCUGUUAGUUGGAUUUUUGGAAUUUCAUUUUUUUCUAACAGCAAACAGGUUGUUUCUUUGUUCAGUUAUUGCAUGUUGUAUAUCCUCCUCAAGUUUUCAGGGACUUUAAUUAUCUUUAGAUUCUCCUUGGGGUUCGUUUGGUAUGAUGGAUGAACAAAAUUUCGGGAUAAAAAUUUAGUACUACUGCCUUAUAUCU